AAGGAAUAAAACUGCGCCAAGCCUUCGUUCAUGCAUUUCUUUAUCUUUCUCUCUCUUUCUUCUCCAAUUCGUGUCGCUUUUUGGCGGUUUUGAGGCUUUUCGGUUUCGAACAUUCGCUCGAAUUUCUCUGACGUCUCUCCCCUCCCUCUUUUCUCUCUCGGAGAGAUCGGAGAGUUUGGAGCUCGUUGGAAGGAUUUGCUUACUGAUUUGACUGAGGAUUAAUCUCAAGUGUUUUCAUGAGAUGGAUAAAGAAGGACAUUAUCGUAAGAAGUUUCCUAACAUGAAAUCCCAACGGGUGAAGGCUGAAGAAUCUUUUGCUCCUGCAUUAGAAGAUGAAACAGUGGAGCAUUUACUGGCAGAACCUAAAAUCGAGAAUGUUUCUGUAGAUGGUGUGUUACAUUUUGGUGAGGAGAAUGCAGAAAAAUGCUUCGGAUUCGAUGAUGAGUUUUCACGAUAUGAAUAUUUUUCUGAUACAUAUAGAGGUGGGUUGCAUUCUAAUACUGCUCAGCAAGGAGAAGAUGAGUUAGAAUUUGGAGUUCUUGAUGGGUUGCUGGAUGAAGUUGAAGAAAUUGAGGAUCUUCAUGCAGCAGAUGGUCUUGCCAGUCCAAGUGAAGAUUUUCUUCUGGAUAUUGGUUUUCCUGGAAAAGUUUGUGGAAUGGAUUAUGGCCCCCCCUGUUGGGGAUCACUAACAAGAAAUGUAAGUUCUGCGAGUCCAUCUCCAGGAUUUAGCGGAAGUAGUAAUAGUCCUGUUGGGAUAUCAGAAUCAUCAUCUGUAACGAUUCAAGAAUCAGAAUGCAAGAAUGACUCCCUUAACAAGCCAGAAAAUCACGAGUUACCAGCUCUUAGGUACAGGCGAAGGCGUGAAAAGCCAGUUUCACUUGAGUUUCGGAAUCCUAGUCUGUCAGAUGACGACGACGAUCCUUUAUUGAGUUCCAUGUUAAUAAAUAAACAUGGGAGGAAGUCAGGUGAUGCAAGCAAAAUUGGUGCUUCUCGUAGAGAGAAAAGACUGCGUAAGCCUACUCAGAGGUACAUUGAAGAAUUUUCAAAUAAGAAGUCAAAACAUCUCAAGGGACAAGGAAAAUUUUCUGCUGUUUCUGCUGCUGGUAUGAAGAACAAACAAUUGAAGGUUAAAUCUCCUAAUGAACUUCAUAUAGUAAGGUCUGGAACAUUGUCCUCAGUUCCUGAAGAGGAGUUUCCUGGUGAAACUAAAAUUCCGGUGGUCCCUGAGGUUCGGGCUCGCAGAGGACGUCCGAAGAAGCAGAUUUCAGUUUUGGUAACCAAACCAAAGGAAGAAGUCUUUACAUCUGACUCUGAUGAUGACCGGGUGAAGAAAAGGAAAAGAUCUGAAAAGCACGAUCGUAGGAAGCAUCAAAGAAUGUGGACUAUUACAGAGGUAACCAAGUUGGUAGAUGGUAUUUCUGAAUAUGGAGUUGGACGAUGGACCGACAUCAAAAGAUUCCUUUUUACAACAUCUGCGUAUCGCACACCCAUAGAUCUCAGGGAUAAGUGGCGAAAUCUUCUGAGAGCCAGCUCUGUGCAGAAACUGAAGAAGAAAGAGGCUGAAGAAAACCAGUUGCAUGCCUUGCGUCCAUUGCCAAAGUCUCUGAUACGCCGAGUUCGUGAACUGGCUAAAAUUCACCCGUAUCCAAGGGAACGCGGUCAGAAAUCAUGAACAAAAGUAGAACACCUUUACUUGAAGCAAGCAGAUUUGCAUACUGGCAGCGGCGGACUAGGCAGUUAGUGGGAUGUAUUUAAAUUUAGUUGUAAAAAAUCAGUGUUCUUAAUUGAGUAUCUUAUUAACAUCAAAGUUCUUGGAUAAUUCCAAAUCAAAUGUCACAGAAUGGGUUCUAAAAUUCAAAUUGUAAUAGGUAUGGGGAUUGUUAACUGACGUUUAAGCAAAAAUAGUUUUAAGUCCUUUCUUAUAGCAGCACUCCCUGCUUAUCUUUAUCAUUA